AUGGCAUUACCAUUGCACCUCAGUGGUGCGAGUGCGACUUUGUAAACACGGCGUUCUUAGCAAGUGCUCGAAGAAAUUUGGGUUGGCGAAAUAAUGGAAGAGGAAACAGCGUGCAUUGCAAAUGGAAGCGAAUACUACUUGCCUGCAUUGGACUUCCACGUUCCUCCUCAAAGGCUCUACCAUUUUCAUCACCAAUUUAAGCUUCCCUCCACACGGAAUGCCAAUUUUUUGAAGGCCGUUAAAUGGUCUCCUGACGGGUCUUGCUUUUUAACAAGUAGCGAUGACAAUACCCUUCGUCUGUUUGACCUGCCUGAUUAUGGCAGUGGAGGUGCAUUGGGAAGUGGUUUAUCUUUUCCUGAAGAUGAUUCCUUUACUUCAAGACUGUCAAUUGAUGAAGGAGAAUCUAUCUAUGACUACUGCUGGUAUCCUCAUAUGCUUGCUUCAGAUCAAGCUAGCUGUGUCUUUGCAUCCACUUCACGUGAUCAUCCUGUCCAUCUUUUGGAUUCUGUUUCUGGACAAAUUCGGUGUACAUACCGGGCAUAUGAUUCCAUGGAUGAAAUAACAACAGCCUUUUCUGUUGCCUUCAAUCCUUCUGGAACAAAAUUGUUUUGUGGAUAUAACAAGGUUCUCAGAGUAUUUGACAUUCAUCGUCCAGGUCGUGAAUUUGAGCAGUACUCAACACUCACCAGUACAAAAGAUGGGCAAACAGGAAUUCUAUCAUGCCUCUCUUUUAGUCCUGCACAUAAUGGAUUGCUUGCUGCUGGUUCCUAUAACCGAACUACUGCAUUAUUUGCUGAAGACAACGCAGAGCUUUUAUUUGUCUUGCAUGGUCAGGAAGGUGGUGUUACCCAGGUCCUUUUCUCAAGAGAUGGAAACUAUCUGUACACUGGGGGACGCAAGGAUCCUUAUGUUUUAUGCUGGGAUGUGCGGAAUACAGCUGGCAUUUUAUACAAGUUAUACAGGUCUGCAGAAAAUACUAAUCAGCGGAUAGCCUUUGACAUUGAACCUUAUGGUCGACAUCUGGGCACUGGUGGACAGGAUGGCAGAGUAAAUGUGUAUGACCUACAAACCGGGGAGUGGGUGACAAAUUUCCAAGCUUCUUUUGACACUGUGAACGGAUUUUGUUUCCAUCCGAGUCUUCCUCUCGCAGUUUCAUCAUCUGGGCAUCGGAGAUUUUGCAUGCCGGAGGACGAUGAAGAACAUUUAGAUGUACAUGUUGAGGAGAACUGUGCUUCAGUUUGGAAUUUCUCGUGCACAUGGAUAGGAUAUGGCUCUGAUGGUAAUCACCAUGAUAAUACUAAAGAUGAUGCUUCAACUGAUGCAAGUAUUCAAGGCAAUAGCAGAGAUUCAGAGCCAGUAGAGAUGGAGAAUGCUAUUUAAGUUUUGGGUUGAUCACUGUAACACUAGGGAAUAGGAGCAAUUUAUAAGCAUAAUUUGUGCAUUGAUGUCACUGUAAUAGCAUAUUGUGUAUUUGUUUCUAGAUUUUUCUAUAAUAUUCUUUCAUAAAGAUGACAUUUUCUGUUUAUGUUUUUAUUCAUCACCCAUAGACCUGAAUGAUAGUCUUAAUUGCAUUAUGAACAAUUUGUCCUUUAUUUUC